AUGUCGCUUUUGAGUUCAGGAGACACAUUAUACUCCCCGGACACUUCGGAGUCAUGCUCAGUUGCUCCGACGCUCAAUUUGAAGCCCAGAAAAACUGGGCGACCGAAACAAUGGACGGUAAAGAGGCUGUGGAAGCUGUCGAGGCUCUACUCGUACUCUGACUUGCCGCGGAGUGAUAUCCCGGCAGCACUUCAAGAGAAGAAUUGGACCCCUAGUGAAGAUGCGGUAGCCAAGCACUCGAAAGCUCUCUUUGGUACCGAUCCGCGAUGGCUUCAUCUGCGACCCAAAAACCGCGAUGACAUGGACAAAAGGAUAGAGGCGUUCAAGGACUGCCAGAAGCCAAAAGGGAGGGCUGGAAUCGAUGCAGAAGGCUCAAUUAGGUCUGACGAAGAUCAGGAAACUCUUCUCAAUGCUGACCCGUCGUCGUCGUGGACGGAUGCAUCGCUCGACGAUCUGCUGGAGCUACUCGCGCAGCCGUCCUCCACACCAACUCCGUUAAUUGUCCAUGAUUCUAGUGGAUACAAUCCUGCUCCCAUCCACCCCACUCUCAGAAGUGCAGGAGACAGUGUCUUUCAAGACGAAUCAGUCCUUCCAACUCUGGCCCGGCAGGCUACGCAUAGCUUGGGACCAGGCCCUCUUAAAUUGUUUCCGUACACAAAUGGUGCUGGAAAGGCAACUUCGGACAGCCGGUCUACAUUGUCGACUCAUAUUAGCACAUCGAGUAUUAAACGACGGCUGCCUCGAUACUCCACUCAAUAUUUGAAGAAGAUUGUGCGACUUCUAGACACUCACUCCCUGGAUGAUGCUGCUCCUACAUCUAUCAUUACUCGUUCCGAAUCGGCUAGUUCUACUGAAAAUGAGUCAAAUUAUAGGCAUCGUUAUUCUGGCCUCUCUACAGGCGGAGUCGGAAAUUCUAAGUCUACGGAUAACAUGUUCCCGAACACAUUUCUUGUGCUCGAUCGAUUAAUACAUCGCCAAGGAAUAUGCAUUCCUGGACUGAAACCUCAUGACAAUAAGAUUUGUUGGUGCGCGGUCUCAGAUGAAAUAGGUACUACUGAACUAGAAGUCAUGUCUCCUGAGUAUCUGGGCGAUGAGAAUCUCGACUUCAACUCAAGAGACGACUUUGGUAAUACAGUUCUCCACCUACUCGCUGCCCGUGGUUCUUCGUGGGACUUGAUUUUGGAAGUGAUUGAUCUCGGUGCUGACGUUAACGCAAAAAACGUCGCCGGCCAAAAUUUUCUUCAUGUGUUAGAACAUUCUGCGUUCCAAACCCUUGUGAAAGAUCUUUCUCAGGGUCGAUUAACUUCCAUAUUGCAGAAACUUGAUGUUUCAAGGUUUGAAUUCAACCAUUGCGAUUUAUUCGGUCGCAGUUUUCUCCACAACUUGUUACGCGAAGCACAGAGUCUUUCCGAAAUACCAUUUCCGUACCUUGCGGACUUUAAGAACAUCCCGUCAACCCGAGAUGCGUUUGGAUGGAUACCAAACCCUCACCGGAGAGCCCAAGUCGGGCUGGGCGACGUCUCACAGAUAACAGGCCUUCUUGCCCAGAAUCCGCAAUCGCAACCCAUUGUCGAUAAUUACCGUAUGCCCUUGAAUGUUCCAAAAUCCCCUCUGACGUCAACCCCAAUGCUAUCAACAAAAGGUGUCAAAAAGUCGAACAGACAGAGUAGUCGUGUUCCUGCCGCGGAUAUCAAAACAACCUCAGUCAAACCCGACGAGACCCUUUCUGACGACGAACUUUGGACACAAGCGCGACUCAUCGAGACCGCUAGACUGGCGGCUAGUGCUCCGUGGAUCGAAGAGUCAGAGGGAAGAAAUGGACUUCAAUGCUUAGCAGAAGUAGCACUUGACAUUCAUAUUGACAACGGAACAGUUGUUGCUAGCAAUUCUACUAAACGCAAGCGGAAUCAACCCGAUGUUCUACCUGGAUCAUUAAGGUUGAAUCUUCGAUAUCAGCUUGUUGAAGGGCUAGUGUCGGCAGGUGUUGGGGUCAACAAUUACGAUGAUAGUGGCUCAACAGUCUUAAUGUCAUUUGUUACCCACCUGCCAGACGGUGAGGAUGACAAGGCUCUAGCAAGUGUUCUUGAACUUCUUCUCCACAAAGGAGCAAAUAUCCACAUGCGGAACCGAAAAGGCGAGACGGCACUUCAUAUUGCUGUUCGUCUUGGCCGUAAAGUUGCUACACGCGUUCUCUUAGACCACGGUGCAAAUGUACACGCUCGAACGACUGAAGGCAUCGGAGUCUUACUUCUCGCACGAGCGCACUAUCUCAAGGCGCGUAAUGAUCCUUCGCUUUACGCUUCAAUCAUCGUUUGUAUGGCCAUGGUUAUAGAUCGCGGCGGGGUGGCAUCACCAACUAUUGUACAAGAGUGGUCUUGUCGAUGA